AUGUUUAAUUUUCCUUUAAUUAACUUCAAGUAGGAUGACUUUUCAAAUGCUUUUUAUAAGGAAGCUUAAGCCUUAAAUACUGGUUAAUGGAUAGAACACUAUAAACUUAAGUCCGGAAAAGAUUUUAGUCUAAUUGCCCUACAAUAGAUUUGUAGAUUAUACUAAUAUUAUUAGACAAUUCGGAACUUUGGACAGGGCUCUUUAAAAUUACCUCACUUUUUAAUUUAGAUUAACGAAUUUAUUAAAAGUUUUGCAAAUAUGAAGGAAAAUAACAAUAUUGUAAGAUAUCAAAAAAGUUGGAAGAUUUUUUCUUAGUAAUGAAUUCAAAUUUAAGUUUAAUUCAUUACAACAUUCCCAAUAAUGAAGAACUUGAGAUUAAAGCCAAAUAAGACUAUUUAAUUGAAGGAUUAAAGCUUAUCGAUAAUUAGUCAAUCAUUGUGUUACUUUCGAGAAGCAAAAAAAAAAAGGAUAUUGAAAUAGAAUUAAGAAGUAUCUAGAAUUCAAAAGUGUUAUUGCAAGUCUAUAGUUUAUGUUCUGAUUGGAAUAUAGAACACCUCUCUCUUUAAAAGAUUGAUCUAAACAAUAUGAUGGCAGUUACUAUGGAACAACACUUUAUCUAGGAUUAUUUAAUAUAUAUCAAACACAUAAUCAAUAAAAAAUUCGUAAAGAUUCAGAUAAUUAACACCUUUAAUAAUCAUUUUGUUAAUAGCAAAAUUUAUACAUUACAAGGCGUAGAUUGUAUGUUCUCAUUCAAUAACUAUUCAAAAGUGUUUAAAUUGUAAAUUAUGAUGCAUCAAAAAAUAUUGAGAUAAUUAAGUAUGAGAUAUUGUGAAUUUUACCACGUUUUUGAUAAGAGAAUAAUUAUAAUAGGUGAAAAAGUAGGUUUUGCUAGAUAUAGAGUAUUUCGAUAUGAUAUAAAAACAGGAAAUUAAUUUGAUUUUUGUUAAAAUGAUGAUAUUAUUAGAAAUAUUUAAAAGUUAAAGUUGGAAAUGAAUAUAUUAUCUCUAUGUAAAUAUAUUUGGUAACAAAAAAAUUAAGUUUAAGAUUCAAUGAUUAAUUUGCAGGAGAAUAAUAAAAAUUGA